AUGCCGCUGCCUCAGUCGGAUGCAGACGACGAACCAGUUCCCUGUUCUCCAGCCAGAGUUAGCUCGUCGCUGUCGUCUGACAAUGCUGGCCGUCUCUUGGCGAGUGCUCUGGCCGCCGCCGCCGAGUUGGGAAUGACGUGUCGAGGUUCACCGUGCAAGCAGCCUGCCUUCCACCUGAGCGCGAACGCCGCAGGCCGGCGAAGUCCAGACAAGGGAAAGUACGCCGCAGGCUCAGGGGUGGCGCCGCAGAAUGAAUUGGAGGCGGCUUCAAACUGCAGAACGCUGCGCAGCGGCGCCGCCGCCGUGGCUGGCACACCGCCACCCGCCGCGGGGAACGGCCGGCCAGCUGCCUGUGAAGUGUCAGCCGCAGCGCCGCCAGCUAGGGGUCAGGAUCCAGCGGGCGCGCCAGUCGAUAUCGGCCAGCGGCGCGGCGAGCUGUCGCUCGGCGCAUGCGGUGAACACGCGCGGCCUGCGGUGUGCGCGUCCCCCCGAAACACGGACGCUGCGCGGUGCUCGCGGGUGGGGGCGGCUGGGGUGGUCUGGAGCACCUCUUCAGCGGCGCUGGGCCCUGUCCUCUCAGCAAACGCUUAG